UCAUAAGUGAUAAUGCUGAGUGGGAGAAUACAACAAUACUUGAGUUGCAGAAGAAGAGACCAGGAAUACAGUGUAUUAGCAGAAAUGAUUGGAUUCCUGGAAAAUACAAACUUGAGAAUUUAAUUGAACCAGUUAGUACCUGCAAGAUCGUGGUUGUAGGAUUUACCACAUCAUCAUCAACUGGCAAUCCCAAUUUUCUGGCACAAACUGUUGUUCAAGAAAUUCUGGAAAACAAUAAUAUUGAGGAGGGGAAACUGAUCCCUGUGAGGAUAUCAAAAGAUGCUAAGAUACCAAAAUGUCUUAAUGUGUUAACUCCAGCAAAUGGUUGGGAAGAUAAUGUCUAUGAGAAGUUACUGCAUGCAUUAGAUGGAGCAAAAUUAAAAUUGAAAGUCUGUAAGAAACAAUCAGGAGACCAAACAUAUGAUGAUGCACGUACUGUUGUUGUUCAACGUCUUUUAAAACUAUCCGAGGAUAUGGAUGAUGAGAUGUUGGAAAAAUUAUCAGAUUUCAUUUCAAAAAUGGAAAUAGAAAUGCAAUAUGCAAAAGAUGGAUCAAUAAUAUUUUACCUUUCUGUGUGUAAUCGAAAAGCAUUGACAAAUUUAUGGAAAAUUCAUAUGAGUGGGCAGCUUAUUCAAGAUUUGGCGAAUAUAUUGAUACCAGACGAGUUACAGAAAGUGUUUUUGGAUGCCUGGAUGACAGAAAUUGAUGAAGCUGAAUACAAAUCAGCUCUUGAUAUGCUUAAUGAAAAAGAACAAACUUUUAAAGAAAUUGCUGCUGCCUUGGAAAAAUCUGCCCAUGACACCAUAAGCAAAUUACAAGAAGGUCUCAAGGCUGUUAACCAGAAUGCUACAAAGUUGGAAAAAAAUAAAGAUGAAAGAUGGAGAGAUAUAGACAAACAUGUGGAAGAAAUAAUGAAAGAAGUAAAGAACAACGGAGACAGAAUGAAAAAUGAAUUAGAGACCAUCUACAACAAAAAAAAGAAAGUAAACAAUGAACAAAUACAUGAGUUGAAAACAACAAUAUCUGAUAUAAAUAAAAAACUUAAUCAGUUGAAGGGUGAUGAAGGCACAGCAGUGCAGUCAGGUAAAACAGUUAUUGCAACACUAAAGGAUAGAUUAAGUGAAUUGCCACAAACAGAACCAAUUGAUAAUGGACAAAUUUACCUCUUCAUAAACGAAGAGCAAAUUAAUUCAAUGAAACAAUGUGAUAUUGGAACUGUAACAGAAUUGAGGGCAGCAGACUAUUUAACAUUAAAAGGAGAGGAAUCUGUGUCACAGGGUCAGACAAUUGUUGUCAAAAUAAUAAAAACAGAAGAACAUGAAAUAUAUGCAAAUCAACUGAAGGCAACAUGGACACAGCCUACAGGAGAAACCAACAUCUCUCAAGUUCAGAAAGACAACAAUGGAGAUUAUUUUGUGACAGGAAAAUGUUCAAGUCCAGGACUUUGUAAACUAGAAGUGAGUGCUGAUAAUGAACCAAUUAUGCAAUCCCCAAUGAUAAUCAAAGUUGAGAAGGAAGAAUUAGUAAAUACUAUUAAAAUAAACAAAGUAAAUGUUAGAGAUGUUGUUAAGUGUGAAGAUGAUUGCUUACUUGUAUCAUGCUUGACAAAUGAAAUGCACAAGUACAAGCAAUCAGGAGAAAAUAUUGGUAGUGUUACGGUACCAUUCAGUUUUAAAAUUAACAGAAUGUACAAAAUGAAAAAUGGUAACAUAGCAUUCAGUGAUAAUAAUCUAUCCAUUAAAAUAUGCGAUAUGAAUGGUCAGGUCAUAAAAACAAUUGGUGAGGGAGUAUUGGGUUCAGCAUAUGGUGUUUACGUGGAUGAGACAUCUAAUGUUUUGUAUGUAGCAGGAGGUUUGUCAGAUAAAUGUGUGUACAUGCUUGACAUGAAUAAUGGACAGAUCAUCAAAAAGAUAGAGUCACAAGGCAUAAAAGAAGGUCAAAUGAAUAGUGUCAUUGAUGUUACUCUUACGAACCAAGGACACCUUCUUGUGUUGGAUGAUGUCAACAGUAGAUUACAAUUAUUUGACAAUGAGGGAAGGUUCAUGAAAGUCCUUGUUGAAAAAGGUGAUGAGAAUGGUAAGGUGAGGUAUCCAUGUGGGGUGGUAGUGGAUGAGGAUGACAACAUCAUUAUAUCAAGUCAAAACAAACUACAGCUAUUCAGUAGUUAUGGAAAUUUCAUUAAAAGAAUUGAUAAACCAGAAGAUGGAAUCAACUAUCCACAGGGAUUAUCCAUCAUUUCAUAUCAUCCAAGGAGACUUGCAGUAGGGAAUGAUGACGGAACAGUAAAAAUAUUCAGUUAUUAAAUAUAGACAGUCCACUUGCUUCACUUGUGUUUUUCCAUAAAUUUAAGUGUAUGAAUAUCUACAUUAUUUCAUAUCAUCCACAUUAUUAAAUUGUUAAAAUAUUUAAUUAUUUAAUACAAUGAUAUCCAUAUAGAGUUGGAAGUUAUAGUUUUAUGAAACUUUAAAUAUUCAAUUAUUCAUUACAAUUAUAUCCACAUAAAGUUUUGGUUAUUCAACUGUUAAAGCAUUAAAUUAUUGAAUGCAAUAUACCAGAGCCAUAAAUAUCUAAUGGCAUUGCAAUAUACUGUAGUUUGCAGCACUCACUUGUUUAAGUUAAUUUUUAUCAAAUUAUUUUGAAUCACAUAUUUUAAUUUAUGGUUUUAUUUUUGUAUUGCUUGUGCUUUUUGAUGUUAUAAAAUUGUACUUUGUAAUCCAAUAGAGAUGACUUCUGUAUAGCCUUAGAAUAUUAUCGAUUUUUUGUACAUUUUGUUGUGUUUUCUUUAUGGUUUUUCAGCAUUAAUUAAAACAGACACACAACACAACAAGUGUAAUUUACAAAUACCUACAAACAUUUAUAUCUAUCAAAAGACCUGAAGUGGACAAGGAAUACUGACACCUCCGCUGACAAAGCUAAUUGUAUACUUUUUAUUUUGUAGUCAUUGAGGAGCUAGUUUCAAUUAACAAUGCAUGUCAAACCAUGACACUGUGCACAAAGAACCAAUAUAAACACUAAAACACAGAACCAAAUACUGUACAUGACCAAAAUCCUGAUCUCAGUUAGUAGUGAGACCCUGGAGUCUUCAGUAUGAGUAGUUGACAGAGGCGCCUUGCAGACUGACAGAGAGCGGUUUUUUUUUUUUUUUGGAUUCAAAAAAAAUAAAAAAAAUAACAUUAAA